UACUUGGACACAGCAGCAGCAGUAUUAGAAUUUCGAUCGUGUUUACUUCUCAUCGUGUUAUUCAGAUUUGUAAUUAUGGCUAACUACGGCGCGAUGCUGCUGUUGGCCGUUGUCUGUCUGAUGGUUGGGCAGGCCAAGGGUGGACAAAUGGGCUCGCCUUCUUCUGCAUACUACACCACUCCGGCGUCUUACUACACCACGACGUAUGCAGCCCCCUCUUACUACACCACUAAGGCUCCCGAAUACUAUACCACGGCGUAUGCAGCGCCCACUUAUUACACUACAAAGGCGCCCGAGUACUACACCACCACGUACGCAGCUCCGAGUUACCCUACGGAGGCCCCAAGAUACUACUCUGCACCGAGCUAUUACACAGAGGCGCCAGUGUAUUACACAACAACGUACGCCACUCCAAGCUACUACACCGAAGCUCCCGCCUACUAUACCACAAAGGCCCCUGAGUAUUACACCACAACGUACGGUUCUCCGUCUUAUUACACUGAGGCCACGAAAUAUUACUCUGCGCCGAGCUACACAACAACUGUUUCGUACUACACCACGACCGAGGAACCCAAGUACUACGUCGCUCCGACAUACUACACCACGGCUGCCCCGACUUAUUAUGCUGAGCCGACGUACUACACUGCCCCAAGUUAUUACACAACGGCUGCUCCUUCGUACUACGUGGAACCUACUUACUACGCCUCAACUUAUGCAGCCCCGUCUUACUACACUGAGGCUCCUCAGUACUACACUACGAAGGCUGCUGAAUACUACACCACAACUUACGCCGUUCCAGCCUAUUACACUGAGACUCCGCAGUACUAUACUACAAAGGCUCCAGAGUACACAACAUAUGCUGCGCCAAGCUAUUAUACCGAGCCGCCCAUGUACUACACCACAACAUACGCCGCCCCAGUUUACUACACCGAAGCUUCCAAGUAUUACUCAGCCCCAAGCUACUACCAGACUGAGGCUCCACAAUACACAACAACGUAUGCUGCUCCGGUUUACUACACUGAAGCUCCUCAAUACUACACCACAAAAGCUGCUGAAUACUACACGACUAAAGCCCCGGAGUAUUACACACAGAAGGCUGAAUACUACACCACAACGUACACUGCCCCGGCUUACUACACUGCAGCUCCCAAGUACUACCAGGCUGAAGCUCCGCAAUACUACACUACAAAGGCUCCUGAAUACUACACCACAACGUAUGCUGCUCGGAGCUACUAUUCCGAGACCCCCAAGUACUACACCACUACCUACGCUGCCCCGGCUUAUUACACCGAGGCUCCGCAAUACUACACCACCAAGGCUGAUGAAUACUACACGACGAAAGCCCCGGAGUACUACACCAAGAAAACAGAAUACUACACCACAACUUACGCAGCUCCAUCUUACUACACUGAGGCUCCCCAAUACUAUACCACAAAGGCCCCCGAGUACUACACCACACCGUAUGCUGCACCAAGCUAUUACACUGAGCAUCCAAAGUAUUAUUAAUCGUAAAAAAUACGUUGUCCGUCAAGCUCAAUAGUAAAAAAUAAUUAGAUCUUAUUUUAUUAUUUGCUGUCCUCGUUCCAAAAUGAGUAUUUCCCUUCAUUGUAUUUAUGCAAUAACUAGUCGCCCCAUACACAUGUGGUUUAUAACUGAAAUAUUGAAUACAGCUAUUAUGUCGUUGCUCAA